AUGAGAAAUAAUGUAUUGAUACUGCUAUUAGUUGCGGUUGUUGCGAUAGCUUUGCUGGGAAUAGCAGGAUAUUUUAUAACGAGACGUUCUAAAACAACACCAUCGAAAGGUAUUAAGCUUGGGAAUGGUGCAAUCGAAGGCGAGACAGCAGAAAAAUUGGCUAAAUCAGCAUUUAGCGCUUUGUCAAGCCACACAAGUUAUGGACCGGCUGUUAGCAACAAUACACCCUCUGGCCAGAACGGAAAUGUUGCAUCAGUUGCAACUUCAAUUUGGAGCGAAAUAGAUGGAACAACAACCGGAAACGCAAAAGUGGAUUCGCAUCUCGAAGAUAUUAUUAGAGCGAUUCAAACCGGUAAUGGGCAAAGGUUAAAUGAGAAACUGAAAUCGCUGAGUGAGAGCGACAUAGAAGAAAUUAUGAAUGGCAUACUGGAUAUGGUAAAAGAAAGCCCGACCGUGAAAAAAAAUUUAUGUUUUGGUUGGAGUAGUGCGAAUGCUUCACCGUCACCAUCAACAAAUUUAAUUUGGACCUUUGCGCUUCUACAACACAAAAGCACAUUUAGCACUUUUCAGCAAAGCAUCGAUGCGUAUCUCAGUAAUGAACAAAUCAAUAAGAAAUUAGUAGCGUAUCCUAUCUUUUGCAUUGGCUACAUUUACGGAAAAACGAGCGGAGUUGUGCUAGACGAACAAAUAAAGGUGCAAGACAGAGUAUAUUUACUGAAAGGCGUGAUUUUAAUUGGUGGUGGCUCGUAUUAUGAAUCUUCUAUGGUACUGGUCAAACAUGGCCGGAACUACUUGCGAGUUGAUUCAGAACCGGAAAAAAAUGUUAAUUUUGGAGAAGAGUGUUCACGCCAUCCCCUAGCUCUUACCUUCUACGAAAUACAUUAAAACUUCUAUCUGUUAUGUUCGUGUGCCACAGUUAAAAUCUUCAUCUAUGUCCAAAAGUAAAGAAAAAUUAGAACAUUUAGGUUGCUUGCAGCAAUUGAUAUUUGAAGCAACAUAGCGGAAAGGAAUGGUUUACUCAAUAUAUUGACCAAUAAUACACGGCUAAUUAUCAUUAUAUUUUGUUGAUCAGGAAAAUACCGAGCAACCGUGAAUCCAUGAACAACUUGGAAUGAAAGACAAAUAUUAAUGUGUGAGGAGAUAAAU